UGGUUUAAUUAAGAAAAAAAUCCCUUGCAGGUAUGUCCAGCCUCUUGGCUUUUAGUUAAUUUCAGAUGUAGUUGACAACUGAGAAUAGCCAUUACAAUGUUCUUUGACAUAAAAGCAAAAUCUGAUCAUUAAGCAAAUAUCUUACUUUCUGGGAUUUUAAAAAGUUACUUAGAUUUCUGUUUUAAAAACAGCUUUUUUAAAAAAUCAUGUUCCUUUUGUCCCACGUUCAUAUGAGUAGGACUUGCUGUUUAAAAAUCUAACUAAGCCAAAACCUGCUGUUCCUCGUUCUUGUCCAUCACAUAAGUGUCCGUGUCUCCUGUGGGCUGAACACUGACAUGUGUGGCAUUGUAAGCACUUCCUGUGGCAGCGAGGUGCCUGGCAGGAGGGAGACCGUCUGUGCCCUUUUUCAGUCUUUAUACAGGAGUCUUGUAAUUUGUCAUUCUCCCCUCUAAGUACAGAACUGUGAGCGAGAAUUUGCUUCAUAUGGAAAAAACAAAACCCCUCACAUAGCAUAUUGCAUAGACCUAGAGGGUCGAAGGGAUGACUCAGCCUUUUAGGGAUGCUUCUCCCCAAGUUGGUAACCUCUGGCCGACUCUUAAGCACUCCCAGUUGAAAUUCACUCAUUUUUCAUCUGCCAGUUGGAGCUGGGUUGCCAGCAGGGCCUGUGAGAAUGCUCCUGCCUCCCGCAGCAGUGUGCGCCCACACUGGCUGCCACUCCAUUGCCUGUUGAGUCAUUCCCGCAGCUCUAUAUAGAGCUCGCCUCUUAAACAUGAUGUUCUUGGAGGGAGAAAGAAAGGGAGUUUUCUCUUCCACAGAACCUCCCUACCCCAGAUCUGCAUUGCCCUUUCUUCUGUGCCUUGCCCUCUCUGUGAAACUGUUCUUUUAAAGGUCUCCUAGUGUGUCCAUUUAUUGUUUGUUUGACUUUGUAAGCAUUAAAGCAUUUCCCGGGCUGAGGUUGCCCUAGUAUGUUGCACCAGAAAGGGUCAGAAAUUUAAAUAACCACCCAACAGCUUCCUGAUCUUCAGGUAUUAAAAGUCCAUCAAACGGCUCAGAAGCAUCUUACUAUCACUUUAUUGUGAAUAUCAGUUAUAAAAAACACUGCAAACGGAAUAAAUGACCUUUUAAUUUGAGGCAAAUGAAAUAAUUCCUAUCUGUAAUUUAAAAGGAUCUUAGGUUUUGUUUUUUUUCUCCCUAGGGAAAGCAAAAUGCCUAUGUCCAUUCAUGUCCAUUCUUAUUCAGAAGAGUUGCUGCUCCCUGUAGUAGGAAAAGGCUGAAGUUUAUCAGGGAAAGGAUGCUUUUCCAGUGUAUUCCCUAUAUCCAGCAUAAUCUCAGAGCAUUGUAGGAAAAUUAUCUGUGGCACCCUGUCUAUUCACAGCUAACAUGUACCCCCAUUGGCAGUGAGGGGCUCUUCAGGAGGACCGGCAGAUAUGAGAAACAGAUUACCGCUUUGGAAUGUGUUCUAUGGGUUUUGGAAACAUAUUUUAAUUGGAGUGGGGGUGGGGAAACAGUUGAACUUAUGUAGUUAAAUCGUCAGCUUCCUUAGCUGUUGCCUAUAAAUAAAUACCACGUAUGAAAGGCUGUUGGGAUUCUCAGCAAAGUUAUGUGGCAUACGCAUUUAUUUGUAUAUAUAUGUUGAUAUGUAUGUGAUCCUCGAAUGUUUCUUUCGUGAGAUUGAGUUUGGAUUGUGUUGUUUUGUUGCCCUAAACUGAAUUAGCCCAGAGUUCCUUCUAGUAGGGUUUUGAAUAAAACCCCGCCUUCCCAUUUCUAAAAGAGAGGAAAGCAGUUUGAUCUGCCUUCCGAAGUCCUUCUGUGCUCCUCCCCUCCCCCAGAGAGGACCGGAGGGGAGGAGCCACUGCUCUAACCACGAACUUCAGGUCUUCUCUGGAGUGCUCGCUGGGCUUCCUGUCUGCAGUCACUCAACUCUGGGCCAUCUUGACUUGCCUGAAGGGUGGAGAAUUGGUGUCUUCUCCGAGGAGGGGAGUGAGUUCUCACAUUCUCCUUUGCGCACAGGCAUGAGACUGAAUUUGUAAAGCUCGCUGUGACCUUUCUAGACUUUUCCUGUGACUUGGACUUUUUGUGUUUGUGAGCUGUUUCCGUGAAGACUCCGUCAUGACUCUGCUGGAGCCCGAGAUGCUAAUGAUGGCUGUGCAGUCAGUGCUGCAGUUGAAGCUCCAGCAGCGGCGGACCCGAGAGGAACUGGUGAGCCAAGGGAUCAUGCCGCCUUUGAAAAGUCCAGCUGCAUUUCACGAGCAGAGAAGGAGCCUGGAGCGGGCCAGGACCGAGGACUAUCUGAAGCGGAAGAUCCGUUCCCGGCCAGAGAGAUCGGAGCUGGUCAGGAUGCACAUUCUGGAAGAGACCUCGGCUGAGCCUUCUCUCCAGGCCAAGCAGCUGAAGCUGAAGAGAGCCAGGCUGGCUGACGACCUCAAUGAGAAGAUCGCACAGAGGCCUGGCCCCAUGGAGUUGGUGGAGAAGAACAUCUUGCCUGUGGAGUGCAGCCUGAAGGAAGCCAUCAUUGUGGGCCAGGUCAAUUACCCAAAGGUAGCAGACAGCUCCUCCUUUGACGAGGACAGCAGUGAUGCCUUAUCCCCUGAGCAGCCGGCCAGCCAGGAGUCCCAGGGUUCAGUGCCAUCACCCCUGGAGUCCCGAGUCAGCGAACCACUGCCCAGUGCCACCUCCACAUCACCCACUCAGGUUCUUUCUCAACUCCCCGUGGGUCCGGAUCCUGGAGAGACGCUUUUCCUGGCAGAGCCGCCGCCCCCUCUGCCCCCCGCUCCUCUGCUGCCCCCCAGCCUCACCAAUGGAACCACCGUCCCCACUGCCAAGCCUGCCCCCACACUCAUUAAGCAAAGCCAACCCAAGUCCGCCAGUGAAAAGUCACAGCGCAGCAAGAAGGCCAAGGAGCUGAAGCCGAAGGUGAAGAAGCUCAAGUACCACCAGUACAUCCCCCCGGACCAGAAGCAGGACAAGGGGGCGCCCGCCAUGGACUCCUCCUACGCCAAGAUCCUGCAGCAGCAGCAGCUCUUCCUGCAGCUGCAGAUCCUCAACCAGCAGCAACAGCAGCAGCAGCAGCAGCACUACAACUACCAGGCCAUCCUGCCUGCCCCUCCCAAGCCAGCAGGAGAGACUCCAGGAGGCGGUGCCCCCACCCCGUCACGCAGCCUCUCCACCAGCAGCAGCUCCAGCUCAGGCACCCCAGGGCUCAAUGGGCUGGCACGCCAGAACAGCACCGCGCUGGCUGGCAAACCGGGAGCCCUGCCGGCCAACCUGGAUGACAUGAAGGUGGCAGAGCUGAAGCAGGAGCUGAAGUUGCGGUCACUGCCCGUCUCGGGCACCAAGACGGAGCUGAUCGAGCGUCUGCGUGCCUACCAAGACCAAGUCAGCCCAGCUCCAGGAGCCUCCAAGGCCCCUGCCGCCACCUCUCUCCUGUCCAAGGCCGGUGAGGUAGUGGUCGCCUUCCCUGCGGCCCGGCUGAGCACAGCGCCGGCUCUUGUAACCGCAGGCCUGGCACCAGCUGAGAUGGUGGUGGCCACGGUGACCAGCAAUGGCAUGGUGAAGUUUGGCAGCACGGGCUCCACGCCCCCGGUGUCCCCCACCCCCUCAGAGCGGUCACUGCUCAGCACGGGGGACGAGAAUUCCACACCGGGGGAUGCCUUCGGUGAAAUGGUGACGUCGCCGCUGACGCAGCUCACCCUGCAGGCCUCCCCGCUGCAGAUCCUCGUGAAGGAGGAGGGCGCCCGGGCUGCGUCCUGCUGCCUGGGCCCUGGCCCUGGUGCACAGGCUGAGCUGGAGGGGCUGGACAAGGACCAGAUGCUGCAGGAGAAGGACAAGCAGAUCGAGGAGCUGACCCGAAUGCUCCAGCAGAAGCAGCAGCUGGUUGAGCUGCUGCGGCUGCAGCUGGAGCAGCAGAAGCGGGCCCAGCAGGCAGCCCCAGCCAGCAGCAGCCCGGUGAAGCGGGAAAGCAGCUUCUCCAGCUGCCAGCUGAGCGGCCAGCCCCAGGGCUCCGGGUGUGCCUUCGGCCCUGGCCUGGUGGUUCCCACUACCAAUCACGGAGACGCUCAGGCCCCGGCCCCGGCCCCGGCCCCAGGGCCCCAACCUGUGGUGGUGAAGCAGGAAGCCGCCGGGCCACCUGAGCCAGAUCUGGCCCCGGCCUCCCAGCUCUUGGGCCCACAGGGCACCAGCUUCCUCAAGAGGGUCACCCCGCCUACCCUGGUCACCGACUCCACAGGGACUCACCUCAUCCUCACUGUGACCAAUAAGAGCGCAGACGGCCCUGGCCUGCCCACUGGGAGCCCCCGGCAGCCCCCGUCCCAGCCUGGUUCUCCGGCCCCUGGCCCACCUGCGCAGAUGGACCUGGAACACCCGCCCCAGCCCGCGUUUGCAGCCCCCACAUCUCUGCUGAAGAAGGAGCCGCCUGGGUAUGAGGAGACUGUGAGUCAGCAGCCGAAGCAGCAGGAAAACGGCUCCUCCAGUCAGCAGAUGGACGAUCUGUUUGAUAUUCUUAUUCAGAGUGGAGAGAUUUCAGCGUAUUUCAAGGAACCACCAUCCCUACCAGGCAAGGAGAAACCACCCCCAGCAGCAGCCUGUGGGUCCCUGCUGACCCCACAACCCUCGCCUUCGAACGAACUCCCCCAGGCUGCUCCUCCGCCUGGCUCCCCCACACUCCCAGGGCGCCUGGAGGACUUCCUGGAGAGCAGCACAGGGCUGCCCCUGCUGACAAGCGGGCACGAAGGGCCAGAGCCCCUCUCGCUCAUCGACGACCUCCACAGCCAGAUGCUGAGCAGCUCUGCCAUCCUGGACCACCCCCCAUCCCCCAUGGACACCUCUGAAUUGCACUUUGCUCCUGAGCCCAGCGGUGGUAUGGGCCUGGACCUGGCUGAUGGCCACCUGGACAGCAUGGACUGGCUGGAGCUGUCACCCGGCGGCCCUGUGCUCAGCCUGGCCCCCCUCAGCACUGCAGCCCCCAGCCUCUUCUCCACAGACUUCCUGGAUGGCCACGACUUGCAGCUCCACUGGGAUUCCUGCUUGUAGCCCUCUGACUCCAGACAUAGGCUAGGGGAGGGUCUGAAGUUGGGGAGCCACAGAACCAUAGCCAAUGUGUGCUCCCUGUGACUGUGAGCCUUGACAAUCACAGUCCCUGGAGGCUGCAGCAGAGACCCUACGCCUGGCUCAGGCUCACCCAGGGCAGGGGAUGUGAGCUGUCAAGAAAUAACUCCCGACCUCUGCUGAGGUUUUGGGAGGCUGGCCAGGCCCAGUUCAAUUCGACCUCCUUUUCUGAGGUCAGAGGUGCACAUCUGGCUGGAGUUUGGCCCAAGUGGGCCUGGAGCCAACCUGCCUUCCUCUCCCUUUAAGGAAGAAACUAAGCCAGGCCUCUACUUGCCCAUUCCCUAUUUCAGCCAGUCCCAAGAGGUGGCACUUUGCCAUUUUAGUCUUGGUAUAAUGUAACCAUUUAGUGGUUGGUGGCAAAAAUCUGUAUAGGUGUAUAUACCUCUAUAUUAUAUAUCAACUUACAUAUAUACAUAUAUUUUUAGGGGUGGGGGGAGAUGGGUGUGGCUACCUCCACCUGCUUUCACAUGCAGAAGGCCUGGAGAGCUGCUUGGGGGUUGAUACGGGGUCGUCAUGAGGAGCUGUGUGCCACAGGCCCAGUACCCAACCCCGCAUGCAGCUGCCUAGGCCUACCCCACGUGUACUUGACAUGUAGACAGACACCUGCCAUUGCCUACACGCCACCCUGCCCUGCUUCCUGGCUCCUCAGUGCCACAAGGGCAGAGGCACUUCCUGGUUCUCCAGGAGUUCUCCACCCAUCCACAUUCCAUCCCAUCUCCUCACUGCAGCCACCCUGGCCUUGGGAUGGUGGUGAGGGUGGGUGGGUCCUGGCUAUACCUGCUGGGGGCUAAGAGGUACCUUCUGCCCAACACCAGCCUUGUUGUGUCCUGAUUCAAUAUGAAGUAGGGACAGAGCCAUCAAAACCAGUGCUGGGACAAAGGUGGGGAAGCUGUGUGAACUUUUUAGAAUAAAAUCAAAAACACUGA